GGGCGUUCACCUUGUUCUCGUUUGACCCCGGGACUCUGCAGGUGAGCCAACAGGUGAACGGCUGAGUGUUACCAUGGCGGCCAGAGCUCCGCCUGAACUUUGACCCCACUACUAUAGUUGUCAUAUUUCAGGUGUGAUUUUUGGUAAAAAUCUGCUUCCAUUGAAAAGAACCCCAAAGCAAUAAUGUCUAAGUUUUCUGUUUAUGCUUGAUAUAAUAAUAAUAAUAUCAAUAAUAAUAUCAAUAAUAAUAAUAAUGGCUACUCAUCCUGUGAUAUGAAGUUGAACAUUUGAAAACACAGUUGCUCUUCGUUCUUCUCAGUUUUAAACUUGUUCAUCAUGUGGACAGACAACCGGCGGAUGUUUCUGGUCCCAGAAGGAGCCGCCAGAGUGAGACCUCCUCGCUUUGUGUUCCUCCUCCUCUCUGUGUGCGGUGGAGAAAAAGAAAAAAAGAGAAAAUCAUUCCACUACGUCAAGUCGUCCCCGUCCGCUCAGGCGAAGAUGUCUGCGACGGGCUCAGGCGGCUGUGGACAGGGACCCGGACCCGCCUCGGGCGCCGGCUCCGGGGCGUCGAACCCGCGAAAGUUUAGCGAGAAGAUCGCGCUGCACACCCAGCGGCAGGCCGAGGAGACGGCCGCCUUCCAGGAGGUCAUGAUGGACAUCACCUCGACCCGGCUCCAGGCCCAGAAGCUCCGUCUCACCCGGAGUCAGGGUCCGUACUACGGCGGCUCGUUGCCCAACGUCAACCAGAUCGGCAGGAGCCCUCAGGACUUCCAGGGCCCCUUCCCUUCCACGCUGGAGUCGCACCGCUCCACUCGCCACCACGGCCUGGUGGAGCGCGUCCAGAGGGACCGCCGCUUCAUCUCGCCAGUACGACCGUACCGCAACCGACAAGUGGACAGCUCACCCUACAACUCGGCCUACCUGUCCCCGCCCCCUGACCCCAGCUGGAGAAGGAAUUGGUCCGGAAACUUCCCCGGGGACAAAAGCCAGUCGUUUCGUCUCCCAACCACUGCACUCAACAGGACCAACUCUGACUCCGCCCUCCACACCAGCGUGAUGAACCCGCCCACAGGAGACCCCUUCACCACCGGAGGACCCACCUUCACCCCGCAGAGCAGCAGACGCUCCGGUCAGGGCGACGGAGAGGGAAGAAGAAUGUUUCCGUACCCAGUUCCUCCCAUCGAGGAGAACGUGUUGGACGAGGGCAAACUGCUCAAACCCUGGGACACCAAGAAGUUGCCUCUGUUGUCGUCCCGACCCAAGUCCUGCGAAGUCCCCGGCAUCAAUAUAUUCACGUCCCCGGAGCAGCCGUCCACGCCGGCUCACGGCGUUCCCCCGGGCCUCAACACCGGCGGCUCGCUGCCCGACCUGUCCAGCCUUCACUUCCCCUCGCCGCUGCCCACGCCACUCGACAAGGACGAGCCCGGCUACUCGGGCUCCUCGUCCCUAAGCGGCGGCAGCAGCACCGGGAACCUGGCGUCCACGCUCACGCAGCUGGGCAUCAACACCGCCAACCUACCGGGAGGCAACGGCAGCUUCCAUCAUCACCACACGCCAGGUCUCCUGGCCUCGCUACAGAGCACGCUCAGUAACCCGAACCUGCAGUCGUCGCUCAGCAACCCCAACAUCCAGUCGUCCCUCAGCAGCCACUCCUUCUCCAACUCCCUGAGCUCCGCCUCUCUGCACUCGUCGCUCAGCAACCCCUCGCUGCAGUCUUCCCUCGGCUCCUCCCCCUCCCUGCCGUCUUCCCUCAGCAGCCAGUCGCUGCACUCCUCCCUCAGUAACUCCUCCCUCCAGUCCGUGUCCAGCGGCAACCCCAGUUACGGCGGCGGCGUGGGCGGCUCCGGCUCCUGCUCCUCCUCCUCCUCCUACUCGUCACUGCUCGGCGGGCAGGGUCAGCCGUCACUCAGCACGUCGCCGCGGAGACGAGCACAGCUGUCCCCGCUCAUCCUGCCCAUGGGAGGGGAGUCGCGGAGGCAUCACUCCAAACAGUUCUCCCCCACCAUCUCCCCCACCCUGUCCUCCAUCACACAGGGCGUCCCGCUGGACACCAGCAAACUGCCCCUGGACCAGAGGCUUCCCCCGUACCCGCUCAGUCAGUCCCACCAGCACCAGCCGGGCUCCCAGCCUGGUCAGCAGCCUCCUCCGCUGGGUCAGCACCACCACCAGCACCAGCAGCAGCAGCAGCAGCAGCAGCUGCACCGCCUCCAGCAAGCGAGGCCCAGCGCCCAGCAGCAGCAGCAGCAACAGCAACAGCAGCAGCAGCAGCAACAACAGCAACAACAGCAGCAACAGCAGCAACAGCAACAACAACAACAACAACAACAGCAGCAGCAGCAGCAACAGCAGCAGCAGCAGCAACAGCAGCAGCUUCAGUCCAUGCAGCAGCUGCACCUGCAGAACCUGCGCAACCAGCACAUGCAGCAGCACUUUGGAACGACGCCGAUGCAGGUGAACGUGGCGAACACGGUGGUGAUAAAGAGCGAGGGUUCGAUGGACCAGUGCGUCCAGAGCUCGUCGUCGCAGCGCCACGUCAAGCAGGAGGCGGAGCAGCAGAGGGGCGGCGGCCUCCCGCAGCUCCAGCACAUCAGCCACAGUCUGGCCACAGACCUGUACAACGACGCCUUGUUCAACUCUCUGCUGGACGACCCGUACCUGAGUCUGCAGCUCUCAAGCAAAUCCAACCAGCAGUUUGCAGGAGAUCACCAUGGCGACGGCCUGUCCCUGAACCACGGCGGUCUGAGCUGCGGCAGCAGCGACAAGCAGCAGUUCCCCUCCCCUGUGGGGCUGCAGGACCCCUGUGACCAGCAGCUCCUCAACAACCAGCACCAGAACUACGGCGGCGGAGACGGACGACACAACGUUCCCAACAUCAUCCUCACAGGAGACUCUCCGCCCGGGCUGUCCAAAGAGAUUGCCAGCGCCCUGUCCCAUGUCCCCGGCUUCGAGAUGGACCCCUUCUCCCUGGACGACCCGCUCCGGAUGGACCACCUGGCUCUGGACAUGCUCGAAGGGGACCUGAUGCUCGCCGACCCGGCCGUGGAGGACUCCUUCCGAUCCGACCGGUUGAAGUGAUCCCUCUGCGCCCGCCCCCCCUCCUGCACUCCGCUUCAGGAGCUUGGCGGGACUCUGGUUAAAGAGACGGACGCUCGGUGGAGAGGACGCCGCCCCCUCGCCAGCGACCCCCUCCCCCAACCAGACAGUCUGCAGAGCGGGCGGGGUUCGGACGUCACUCGGGAGACGGACCCGAGGCUCUGGUUGAACGUGAUGGAACGAGGCGAUGGAGGGGGAGGAGCUUAUCCGUCGAAAGGCACUUAACUGAAAAACGCUCUCGCAAUGCUUGAAGUAAACAAAAGAACAAGCUGCUUCUCUCUGUCGGCAUUAGCUUGUUACCAGUCUCUUCCGCAUGUAACGGAAAAAAAGCAAAACACACCGGAACGAAAACGCUAGCGUGACGUCAACUUUGCGUAGAAACCACCAGCAGCACUCGGAGGAUCUGGGAAGAGAGGAGAGAUUCUCCUGCACCUCGGCUCCGCGGCGACGAUGACGCUGGAACGGUUUGGAUUUAUUUCAACCCCAAAACUGCCAAAAAACGAACCACUGCUCAAUCGCCGAUAUGUCGGCUCUAUCCGCCACUUUGACAGGAAGUCAGCCAUGAUUCAGAGGUUUUCUAUAUUUUGAAGAAGAUAAAAAAUAAAUAAAUAAAUAUAUAUAUAUAUAUAUACACACACACACAUAUAUAUAUAUACAUAUACAUACACAUAUAUAUAUCCA